UCAGUAACUGUUUCAAGAUGCUUAAACUACAAUUAUUAUUACAUGUGAAUUGAAAUAUCCCACAUGGGUGAUGCUGUUUUUGUUUCAAUAUUUUUGAUCUUUCUUAGGAAUAUAUUUUUCAAGAUUUGCAUCAAAUUGUCGGCCUCUGGCUUUUAAUUAGUAGAGAAUCUGUUGGUUGGUUUUGGGGUUUUGUCACCAAUCUUGUCUCAUUUCAGCCUCUGGGGUUCAUCAAGAAUGAGGUUUUGAGCUCUAUUUAUUUGGAUAAAACUUGGCUCUUUGGUGGUUUUGUUUGACUAUUGAUGUAAUUUGAUUGUUAUGUUUUGGGGAAUCCAGUUAAAGAUGGUUUCUUUUAAUGUUUUGGAGCUACUAUAAGAGCUGAAAGUUUCAUCAUCCCACCAUAUUCAAGGUCUGAAUUUCUUCUUUUCUGAGCUCCAAGGUUCAUCUUAUAUUAGAGUUUUUGACUUUUGGACUGAUUUUCAUGGAAGUGGUAUCAUUAAUUUUGGAUUCUCUUGGUAGUUAGAAUCUAAAAAAACUGACCUGAUAAUGAUGAAAAGUUUCAAUCUUUGUAGCUCUUGAAUGUGGGAAAAGAAAGUUGGGAAUUUGUUGGAUAAAUUAGUGAUACAUAAGAGAAGGGAUUGAAUUUUGUGGUGGUGAUGGAGAGGCAGAUUAGCUUUCAUGGGGUGAUGGAGAAACAGCAGAGUUUUCGAAAUGGGACGAUUGAGAAGCAGAAGAGCUUUAGAGGGUUGAUGGAAAAGCAGAAAAGUUUUCGGAUAGCAAUGGAGAGGCAGCUAAGCUUUGGUGGUGAGAGGAGAAGGGGUAAAGAAUCACCAGGUAAAAGAGGGGAUUCCCCACUUCACUUGGCAGUUAGAGCAGGGAACCUUGGCAAGGUGAAAGAAAUCGUUCAUAGCAAAAGCACCAACGAUUUAUUAUCUAAACAAAACCAGGAGGGUGAGACAGUUCUGUAUGUUGCGGCGGAGAAUGGCCAUAGUUUGGUUGUUGCAGAGUUGUUAAAACAUUUAGACCUUCAGACAGCUUCUAUUCUGGCAAAUAAUGGUUAUGAUGCAUUCCAUGUUGCCGCAAAGCAGGGUCAUCUUGCCCAUGAAGUACAGGAUUUUGGCAUUCUUUGGGAGCUCUGUGUAUCCUUUAAUUCUAAAUGUACACAAAGAUUUUUCCACUCACCAACAGGUUCCCAAAUUUUGUCAGCAUUAAUGAUUCUUGUGCUGCUUCCUGAUCCUCAAGAGGUACUGAAAGAACUAUUGCAUUCAUUUCCAAACCUAGUCAUGACAACGGAUUCAGCCAACUCUACAGCCUUACAUACAGCAGCUGCUCAGGGACACCUUGAUGUAGUAAAUCUCCUUCUGGAGAUCGAUUCAAACCUUGCUAAGAUAGCGCGUAACAAUGGCAAGACUAUUCUCCAUACAGCUGCAAGAAUGGGGCACUUGGAAAUAGUUAGAUCUCUUCUAAGCAAGGAUCCUGAGAUUGGCUUUAGAACAGAUAUAAAAGGCCAAAGUGCCCUGCACAUGGCUGUAAAGGGACAAAAUUUUAAUAUUGUGCUUGAAUUAAUCAAACCAAAUCCUGCUGUAUUGGCUUUGGAAGAUAACAAAGGAAACAGAGCACUUCAUGUUGCAACUACAAAGGGACGGCCACAGAUGGUACAAUGUCUAAUAUCAAUUGAGGGCAUCGAGCUCAAUGCCGUCAAUAAGGCUGGAGAAACAGCUCUUGAUAUUGCAGAAAAGUCUGGAUCUCCGCAGCUCAUCUCCAUUUUGAAGGAGGCAGGUGCUACCCUUUCUAAAGAUGAUGGGAAGCCUCCAACUGCUGCAAAGCAGCUCAAGCAGACUGUCAGUGACAUACGACAUGAUGUGGAGUCCCAACUCCAACACAGUCGUCAAACUGGCUUCAGAGUGCGGAAAAUUGCAAAGAAUGUGAAAAAGCUCCACAUUAGUGGUCUUAACAAUGCAAUCAACAAUGCGACAGUGGUUGCUGUCCUUAUUGCUACUGUAGCUUUUGCUGCCAUCUUCACUGUACCUGGCCAAUAUAUUGAGGAGAAAACAGAUGGGGUUUCACUAGGCGAAGCACACAUAGCCAGGAAAGCAUCUUUCAUAAUAUUUUUCUUGUUUGACAGUAUGGCCUUGUUUAUUUCCAUUGCUGUUGUGGUGGUACAAACUUCUGUGGUUGUGAUUGAACAGAAGGCAAAGAAGCAACUCAUGUUUUGGAUAAACAAGCUCAUGUGGGCAGCUUGCCUCUCCAUUUCAAUUUCCUUUAUUUCACUUACUUAUGUGGUGGUUGGAGAGAAGGAAAGAGGGCUUGCCAUCUAUGCAACUGUCAUUGGUAGCACCAUAAUGCUCACUACUAUUGGCUCUAUGUGCUAUUGUGUGGUUCGACAUAGGCUAGAAGAGUCAAGGAUGAGGAGUAUAAGGAGGGCUGAGACUCAUUCACGUUCGUACUCGAUGUCUGUGGCAUCAGAUACAGAGCUUUACAGUGAAAACUACAAGAGGAUGUAUGCAGUAUAGGAGUAAAUAAAAGUCAGAUAAAUUUCUGCCCGAGGCACCAAGCCUGGAGCUUUGUAGAUAGCACUAUAAGUGAAUAUAUGCAGGUUCUAAACCCUUAAGUCUAAUGAACUUCUAUCAAUGGCAUCAGAUACCAAAUUGUAUGAGGAACAAAAGGAUCUACAAGUUGGGAACAGAUGAGGAGAAAGUUAAAAUAGACUGAAUGUCGAGGUGUUGCAUAUCUGCACAGUUCUCCUAAACAGAGUUCCUGCAGCCACUGAAUUGCUGCACAUAUGAGGUGACAUAUUGCUUAGAAGUUCAGGAUGAAGGCUUUAGCAAAUCUUUCUGUAUUCUUCACAUGAAUUUUAAUAGUUUGAACACAAGCUCUCAUGGAGUUUACCAUCUACCUAGAGUUACUAGUACCAGAUUGCUAGUGGAUGACAGGAAGGUGGGGAUGGCUGAUAUUGAAUUACUUUUGCGUAUACAUAAACUUUGUAAUGUACUAAAAAUUAUUAUGUAUGAUACAAUUCAUCAUAUCUAUUUCCCCUGGUAAUGAAGUUCCGUCCUUUACCGGCUUC